AUGUUCGCUGAGCUCGUCAAGGGUCAGCCUAGAAGUUUGGGUUCGAUCCGGUACAACUAUCAGCGCUGGAGGGCUGACUCACUGGACCGCGGACGGAAUCAGCCACUCAAGGCUUACGACAACAGCGUCAGCGUGCACAUGCCGCUGCUGCCCGGCGCCGACGACGUCCUGGUGCUGGACGUGCUGCCGCCGAUGGAGCUUCACCUGCUGCUGGGCUCUGUGAACCGGCUGGUGGAUCACCUGGAGAAGACGCUGACAGACAGCGGCUCCGGGCUUAACCUCCACCCAAGCCUCCACCAGUGGAUCAGCAGACUCAGCUUGGCGCGCUGCAGCUUCCAUGGAGGUCUAUCACUGACCUCUGACCGUGUGUCGCCGGUCCGUCUGGAGAUCACGGUGCCGGUGGCGGCCGACCAGCUGGUCCGGCUGGCCGCCGGCUCCAGCCCGGACGUCUGGAGGGCCGUGCUGGAGCAGACCCCGGACGCGGCGCGGCGCUCCCUGCUCGCUCAGCUGCGGGCCCGCCGCCGGUCGCAGUCCGGUGACCCGCACCGGGCCCGGUCACAGAGGUCACGGCACCGGCACCGGCAGAGGGCCCGGGGCGGCGGCCUGGCCGCGCGGCUCUCCUCCUAUCCGGGGAUAGCGGCCGAUACCUCCAGCCGGCGGAGCUACUCGACUCUGGAGAGGCACUCGGACGGCCGGCGACGCGUCUCCUCUGGGUCGAGCCGGCAGUCGGCGGGGUAUCGGGAGGAUACGGACGCUCCGAGCGGGGCGGCGCCGUCCCCAGGCGGACAUCACACCGGCGGGGCGCACCAGACAGCCGGUCCCGCCGACCACUGGGGGUCACCGCCAGCGACCACCUACCGACCUGGGCUUCCAGAGGUCACCACCUACCGUCCGAGGUCACCAGAGGCCACCACCUACCGCCCGAGGUUACCAGAGGCCACCACCUACCGCCCGAGGACGCCAGAGGUCACCACCUACCGACCAGAGGGGUCGGGCGGGCGGCGCGCCCGGGCCGAGUUGACCACCUUCGGGCCGGCGCGAACCGACCCUCUCGGAGUGUCCUCCGCGGGUCACGGUCCACCCCGUCCAGGGGCGGCUCCAGGUCACUCUGCAGAGCGGGAGUGGGACCGGAGCUCCGGACCCGGCCGGGGGCCGAGUCAGGACUCGGGACCCAGCUGGGACCGGGACUGGGACUCGGGACCCAGCUGGGACCGGGACUGGGACUCGGGACCCAGCUGGGACCAGAAGGACCACUACGAGGAGGGACUUGAAUGGCUGAAGGACGUGGUACCAGGUGUGCCCGGAGACGACUACCCGAUCCUGGCCGAGAUCCCCGAGACGGGGUUCACCUGCGCCGGCCGGCCGCAGGGCUACUUCUCGGACGUCUCGGCCAGGUGUCAGGUAUACCACGUGUGUCACGGGACGUUCCAAAAGAGCUCCUUCAUCUGCCCGAACGGUACCGUGUUCAGCCAGCCGCUGGCCACCUGUGACUGGUGGUUCAACACUGAGUGCUCGGACGGCCUGCCGCUGCCCAGCUCCACGUUCAGGGUGAGUCGGCAGGUGUCGCAGCACAUGUUCGAGCACGACUGGGUGGACGACUACGAGGACUCUGACGUCACCGACUCUGACGUCAUCAGCCAUGACGUCACCGACCCUGAUCGGUCCUCGGGGGCACGAGGUGGGCCCGGAGCCCUCCAUAGCACCCCACGGACGGUGCAGCACAGACCCACAGAUAGAGUGCCGGUCUCCGCCGAUCGCAGCGCCCCUAGCGGCGACCGCAGCGCUCCUAGCGGUGGCGACCGCAGCGCCUCUGGCGGCGACCGCAGUGCCCCUAGCGGCGACCGCAGCCCCCCAGCUAACGGCGUCACCUGGCGGUCUCCGUUCGCUGGCCAGCCCCUGUCCGGCUCCACAGAGGCGUACCGCCGACCUGAGCGACACCUGGUGGCCGUGGCGGCGCCUCCAGACGAGCGGCCAGGUACUGUAACUGUGGCAGGACACAAUGAGCGCGGUGAUACGCCCGUGAAACAGGAUGGAGCCGGCGCCGGAGCUGGGACCAGCACGGGAGCCGGCGCCGGCGCGCCGCCGUUCGUGGUGCGGGUCAGCUACGGCGGCGGCGGCGGCCGCACCACUAGCGAGCUCCAGUUCGGCCCGCGGGCGGCGCGCAGCUUCCUGAGCAGGGCGCAGCUGCGCGGCUGGAGUUUCCCGUCCGGCGGGAGCGGCGCUACGGAGCCGGCCCGGGGCCCUGUGACACAGACGGCGCGCGUGGCUCGGCACCUGGCUGAGGCCGGCCGGCCGCGGUCCGGCGCCGGCCGGCGGCUCCAGGCCGGUGGCGUGUCUCCGAGACCGUCCCCCGACCACCGACCCUCGCCCCCGCGCCGGUCUGUGGUCCAGCCGGCGCCGGGCGCCCCAGAGACCCGAGUCCACCCACCCACAGACGCACGCGCCGGGCCGGCGGCAGAGAGACGAGCGGGGCAGAGGGAGGAGCGGGACGGGAGCGUCCACUGGGGGACCACCAUCCCCUCCGUGACACAGGGGGAGUCCCCGCCCGAGGAGGCACCCGGACACAGACGGCGGGGCGGCCGAGAGCAGUUCCACAACUCGCCGACAGAUGUCACUAGCAGUACCACCGGCCGCAGUGAGCGGCUCGCCGACGGCCCGGCGGAUUUCGAAUACGAUGAUCUCCUCAGCAGCGCGUCGUUCCGCAGUUUUGGUUUGCGGAUUCCCGGCGGGCCGUCGCCUGAGGACCGACACCACAGGACCGUCUAGCGGACCGCCGGGCCGUUUCGGCUAAAGCUGUUUGUGGUCCGUCCAUUCCGCGAGAGCAGAAUGGCGGCCGUAAAACGUUAUUGUUGUUGCAUAAUGCAUAAGGGUACGGCCGUGUGCGAGUACUGGCCGUUGUGGGAGCACCGCUGGCGGUCGAUGUGCUCCGGUGUGGUGUCCCGGCCCUCCGCUCCAGUCAGGGGCGGCCGGGCCCUGCUCUGUAGCGCGGGACUGCCCGAAUGCCUAUAUAUUAUAUCUACCUGCCGAGACUCAUAUAACAUGGAGCUGUCUCUGUCCAUCAUCCAUAGCCUUGCGACAGUUGUUAGUGGAUGGGUAUAUUUGGUUUAUGUAAGUGAGUUUCUGGGUAGUUAUCCGCUGUUUUGGAGCACUAAAUGUACCCAAUAAACCAAGAUGAAAAUGUGGCGGUACCUGCUGGAUCACACUUGCCAGUCUGUGACAUGGCACCCGUGCAAUAAACUAUCGAAUUAA